GUGUUUGAAAGUCAACGACGAUCCUCACUCUCGAGACGAAAGCCGAAGAAAGGGCGAAAUCGGGAGCGAUGGCUUCUGUAAUUGCGUCUUUGUUCUUGUGGGGAUAAGCUUUCUGGAAGCUCCCUCUCUCUCUCUAGAUUUCUCUCACUACUGAAGAAGAAGAAGAAGAAGCUUCGAGAAUCUGAUUUGGGCAGUAGUGAGAGAAGAGACGGUCUGUAGAGAGAGAAAACAGAAGUCAUAGCCAUGGACUCCUCCGAUUGGCUCAAAGACAAAGUUUCAAUGGUUGACCCUUUCUUGGUCGAGGCCCUUCAGAAUCCUCGGCACCGUCUCACCAUUCUGCGGAUGGAACUCGACAUCCAAAUGUUUUUGCAAAACCAAGAGCAGCAGCUGUUCGAAUUUCAACACUUUUCUACUUCGUACCUUCGACUUGCAGCUCAUCGUGUUGCUCAACACUAUGGCCUGCAAACUAUGGUUCAGGACAAUGCCAUAGAUGGUCAAGGAAGGAUUUUGGUGAGGAAAACUGUUGAAGCUAAAUUCCCGCCCAUUUGCUUAUCUCAAAUACCUGCGAAACAGUCGGCUGAUGAUACAAUUGGGCGAGUUAAAAUUGCUGUUAGGCCUAGGCCUAAUAAAUCAUCUGAUGAUGGAAUGGGUUGUAUGGCCAAACAAGGUCUUGGUCGGACUGUGGAGCAGAGGAAGGAAGAGUAUGAUAAGGCACGUGCUCGAAUAUUCAGCAGCCAAGGUAGUACUGGUUCGGUGGAUGUAUCGUCCCAUAAUUUCACCGAGGGGCUAGAUAUAUCAACAAAUAGAGACAGGGCUGAAGGGUGUAGAGUGAAUGAUGUAGACAAAUAUUCAAGUAUCAAAGACGCUGGGAGUGGGCCUACUUCUCGGGUUGCCAUUUUAAGAGAUAGGGAAAAGGAUCUUAGCGACCCGGAUUAUGAUCGGAGUUAUGAUAGGUAUGUUAAGAAUCUUCCGAUUAAUCCGACUCCGAGCAUGAAUUUCGCACCUUUCACCAUGCAAAACAUCCAGCCUUCAUUUCCUGGUUACCAUGUACCGAGGAAUGAUGUCCCGUUGAGCUAUGUUUCUCCUUCACCUAUCAAGACUGUAGGAUUGAAUCCGAUAUCUAGAACUACAGUCAAUGUGCCAUGGCCGUGUGCAGGGAUGCCGUACACUCAUACUGCUUUCCAGGUUCCAUUGUACCAACAGUCUUUGAGCUUUGAGUAUCUGCAAAACCAUUGAUCACAGCAGUAAGUUAUUAGGGGAUAGUGUUAAUUAAAACUGAUUUACUUAGCUAAUUAUAUAAUAUACUCACUAUGUUGGUUUCAAAUGAAACCCUUUUAAUUUAAACUUACUAUUGUUAUUUUUUUUAAUGUUGAUUAUUGAGUGGAUUUCUUGGUCUAAAGUAUUGGUAAUUU